AUGACGGUUGAUACCGAGCCACAAGAACCCGAGUCGACAGCCAUGAGGUUUGAAGUAGUGUCCUCGGCUCUCAAGGAGGGCACAGCAGCUGCUGCCAGAGUCGGUCGUCUGGCUCUUCCGGGACGUCGUCCCAUCGACACUCCAAACUUCAUCGCCGUCACUUCACGCGGCACUCUGCCUCAUGUCACCCCUGACAAUAUCAGCAAGCACCUGCAAGUGAGCGGUGCAUACUUUUCCCUCGAAGACUUCGUCGAAAAGUCCCAGCAAAACCUCUCCCGCCCACCACCCAUCUUCAGCGCCCCGACCAGCACCAACCACCCCACCCCCUUAUACAGCUUCACCGGCACCCCCUCCCACAUAACCACCAUCCUCGCCGCCCGCCGCCUCCCCGCCGUCCCCUCCCCGAUAGGCAACUCCACCAAAUCCAUCUCCGUCUUCACCAACACUGGCUUCCAAAACCUCUCCACAACCGACUACCUCUCCGCCGCCUCCACCCUCGAACCAGACAUCACCAUCCCCCUAGCCGACCUAACCAACAACUCCCCCCCAGGCACCUCCCCAACAAGCAAACGAGCCCUCCGUAUGGCCGAGCGCACGGACGAGUGGAUAGCAGACUGGUUCUCCUCCCCCCUCUCCACCUCCACAUCAACCUUCGCCCCAGUCCUGCCAAUCCCCUACCCAAUCCAGUGGGAAUACCUCUCCCGCCUGGCAGAAGACUACAUCCCCUCGUCCCAACUCUCCGGGUUGGCAGUCCACGACCCGGAUAUCAUCCCCGAUCUUGCCACUCACCAACCCUCCCUCUUGUCCCUCCCCCUUUUGUCGCUUUCCAACCCGAGCAACCCCCACCCUCAUCCUCCGUCACAUAGCCCACGGAACAGACCUCUUCGCCCUCCCGUUGAUAAACGCCUCGACCUCUCCCUCCCCUCUUUCAGCACAUCCGUCACCCCCCUCUCCAAGUCCUGCAGCCUCUACGCCUGCAAAAGCCACCACAAAUCCUACAUCCACCACCUCCUCCAAGCACGCGAGAUGCUAGGCUGGACACUCCUCCAAAUCCACAACCACGCGACCAUGUCCGCCUUUUUCGGCGGGAUCCAGCGGUCGAUCAAGGAUGCCACCUUUGAAGACGAGAGGUUGAGUUUCAGCAGGGCGUACGACAGCGAGAUGCCCGCGGGGGUGGGGGAGAGGCCGAGGAUGAGGGGGUACCAGUAUAAGAGUCAGGGAGGGGAGGAGAAUGCCGGAAAAAAGAAGAAUAAGCCUGCAUGGCAAAAGGAACUGGCGGUUGAGGAUGACAAGGUCGAGGUACCGGAGACAGAUGGAGGGAGGGAAUUACAGGAGAAGGGGGUUGGGGAGGUGGUAAAGGGGUCAGGUAGAUGA